AUGACUUCUGUAUAUUGCCGAUGGUUAUUAGCCGCCAACAUAUCCGUUAAGAAGAAGCAAAUUUCUGAAUUAGAAGCCGAAGUUGCUUCUCGGUUAGAAGUAGCCCGGAAGACUAUCUCCUCUAAGGGAAAGAAAGAGUCUACUACAUCUUCCCGUAAAGGGAAACAGAUAGCUGACUCAGAUGGGAGCGACGAAUUUGACACAUCUGACGAAGAGGAUGAGACUGAGGAUGAAGCAGAAGCUGAUACUCCUCCUUCUUCUGUAGCCCACCGGACUCAUCGUGUUUCAUCGCCCAAAUCGCCAGAUGCUCCUUUAAAGCCAACACAAAUGAAGGAAAAGGAUAUUCCUUUGUCAUCUUCCAAUAGGAUGACUGUCAGAUGGCCUACCCGGGAAGAAGAAGAGGAAGAAGAGGAGGACACCACACCACUCAUUAGCAGGAAAAAACCCCAAUCUUCCGUUUCUUCUGAAGCUCAACCCCGGCCUUCUCAAGGAACUGAAUUACGCACGAAAUUUCAUCACGAGAGUUCUGAGAUUCUAAAAGAUGCUCGCUUAUCCAAGAGAAUUAAGAAGACUGCUCAUCAGCAACGCAAACUCCCCCCCGUAUUUGAAGAGGAGUUUACCCACGACCUUUCGGUUAACGAAGGAGGGGGCAAGUAG